AUGGAGAUACACACCGGCUACAACUGGCUACCCAUCUCACAGGGAGAUACACACCGGCUACAACCUACCUCACAGGGAGAUACACACAAGCUACAACUACAACCUCUACCUCACAGGGAGAUACACACCGGCUACAAUCUACCUCACAUGGAGAUACACACCGGCUACAACCCAACCUACCUCACAGGAGGAGAUACACACCGGCUACAACCUACAUCUCACAGGGAGAUACACACCGGCUACAACCUACCUCACAUGGAGAUACACACCGGCUACAACCUACCUCACAGGGAGAUACACACCGGCUACAACCUACCUCACACGGAGAUACACACCGGCUACAACCCACCUCACAGGGAGAUACACACCGGCUACAACCUACCUCACACAUGGAGAUAUACACACAUGGAGAUACACACCGGCUACAACCCACCUCACACGGAGAUACACACCGGCUACAACCUACCUCACACGGAGAUAUACACCAAUAAUAACCCACCUCACACGGAGAUACACACCGGCUACAACCCACCUCACACGGAGAUACACACCGGCUACAACCUACCUCACAGGGAGAUACACACCGGCUACAACCUACCUCACACGGAGAUAUACACCUAA